AUGGAAUUACUGACCAUUGCAUUAUGAUUUUAUGUGAUAAAUAGAUACUGUAUUUACCAAAAUUAUGGAUAGAUUUGAUAGUGCAGUUGCAUUUGCUUUACAAAAAAAUGGAUAUAGUGAAUUAAGAGAAAAUCAAAGGGCAGUAAUUGAACAGUAUGUGAAUGGAAAUGAUGCAUUAUUAUGUUCUCCCACAGGAAGUGGAAAAAGCUUAAUAUUUGAGAUGGCUCCAUUCAUGUUUCAAUACAUGGAGAACAAAGAUAAAGAAUGCACAUGUUUAGUUGUUUCACCAUUAACUGCCCUUAUGAAUGCACAGGUGGAAAAGUUGACAAAGAAAAACAUCAAAGCAAUCUAUUUCAAAGAUAAUGAACAAAAAGGAAGGCAUGUUUAUUAUGACAUUGAGAAUGGACAAUAUGAGCUCAUAUUUGCAAGUCCUGAGACAAUAUUGCUACACAGUCGUGCACUGGUCACAUCACUUUCUAAAAAGAGGUUUUUGAAAGUCAUAUUUAUUGAUGAAGCCCACUGCAUCAAGAAGUUUGGUAAAGGCGACAAACAAAGAAAACAGAAUGCUUACAGGCCAUUUUAUGGCUGUUUGGAUGAAUUGAGGUCAUUGGCCGGGCCAACUGUUCCUGUUGUUGCACUAACUGCCACAGCUUCUAAGACAGUGAAGGAUAUUAUUCUUAAAGAUCUCUGCAUGAGCGACAAGACAUUUCAGUUGACAGUGACCCCAAAUAAGCCAAAUAUUAAAUAUUGGGUAUUUGAAACUACCAGAACACGGAGUGACAUAAAUGAAGACUUUGAUUGGUUGGUUCAUAUACUUAGAUUUGAGGGACCUAAAACUCCACGAAUGAUAAUAUUUUUUAGGAAGAUUGAGCAUAUCUCCGAUGUUUUCGAACAUUUAGCAACCUCACUUGGAAGAGACGGGUAUGUAAAUUACGAUGAAACCAAGAGCAAUGAUGAUCGAAAUCGACUUUUUGACAUGUACCAUUUAAAAACUGAUGAGGAGGUGAAAGAGUCCAUUGCUGAAUCUUAUCAGAACCCAGACGGACAUAUCAGAAUUGUGUUAUGUAGUACAUCAUUUAGUAUGGGCUUAGAUGUGAAAGGGGUCAGUACAGUCAUCCAUUAUGGGGCCUGCAAUGAUUUAGAUGACUAUUUGCAAGAGUCUGGCAGAGCGGGCAGACAAGAAAAUGAGCAAUGUCAUGCCAUCAUUAUGAACUAUAAAAGGUGUCUUUCAAGUAAAAACAUCAGUCAGGACAUGAAAGAAUAUGUGAAAGCGAAAGUAUGCAGAAGGAAAAAAUUGUUACAGCCAUUUGAAGACAAAUAUCAGACAACACAGAUAAUUAAACAUGACUGCUGUGACAUAUGCGCCUUGCAAUGCAUCUGUAUGUGCUCAUGUGAUAAUGCAGACAUUUGUAGCUGUGAACUUAAAUGCCCAAUGAAUAGUUCUAAUGUUUACGAUAAAAUGAUGUACUUUCUAGACAAUGAUAUUGAAACUGAAAAUCUACAAUGUUUAAGUGAAGGAUAUAGUAGUGACAGUGACAUUGAAGAACAUCGCUUACGAAAACCGCAAUUGCUCGAAUAUUCAUCUGAUGAAGGUUAAUGGUAAUAAUGAGCUAAUAAGGACAUAAUAACUGAAACAUAUCUUUUUAAUGACAGUUAGCAAACUGAACUUGAAAGAAUAAUGAAACAACAAAAUAAAUUCAUGCAAUAACAAAAAUGUUCAAUGAAAUGAAAUGUAUUUCAAGAACUUAAUACAUCCACAGGUUUAAUUAAAUAAUUGUUAAUUUUCAUUUUUGCCUUCCCCAAUAUCCCACAACAAUUGCAUUAUCAGCGGUAUUUACAAGUUGCAUCUGCCUAUUGAAAACUUAUCUCUGGAAAGUGAUUUUAUCAGCUUAAAGAAGCUUUAUCUCUUUAAUUCUGAUUUAUGUCUAAAUCUCAAUAUUGAUAGAAAUGUUUUUUAGCUAUUUUUCUCAUACUUCUAGAAAGCCAGUCUCUAAAGUCAUGCAUUUCUAAUGCCAACUGAUCAGAGCUGAAGUUCUGAAAUGCACUGUGCUUCCUUCCAGAAAUUUUACUGAAUAAGUUUCUAUCAGAAAACUGGACAACUAAAGACAAUAUAUCAUCUUCCA